GCACCACACUGCUUGCUACACACCAGACCUGACUGCCAUAUAGUGCAGCCUACUGUUCGAGUUCAGUCCCAUUCUCCUACACCAACAACUAUGAACCGAGUCUGGGCGUCCACAGUCGCCUUAUUGGUCAUAUUCAGUUGCGUGUCACGAAUCGACAGUUAUGAUAUAGUGUGUUUGUUGCCGCCGGUGAGCGGUCACUGCCACGGUGCCGAGAGCCGGUACUACUUCGACAUGUUCCAAAGCAAGUGCCUCAUCUUCCCCUACAGCGGAUGCGGGGGUAACUCCAACAACUUCAAGACGGAAGACGAGUGCUUGAAGUUGUGCGAGUCCCCCCAACUUACCCCGACACCACCACACACCGGAAACGGAAACCACCACGGUCAUGUGAUUGGGAAGUAGUUGCCGCUCUGUUGGGCAGUGUAAUGGAGAAUAAAGAAUAACUCACGA